CGCAGCUGUCUCGACGAACACAGGUGUGCGCAGCUACAUACAUACAUACAUACAUAUGCACAUACGAUCGAUCGAUGUGUUGUAUUUGCUUUGUUUCUCGCUGACAGUGCGUGAAUCGAUAAGCAAUGAGAGAACGAGCCGCUGACCGAAUUGUCGUAACGCUAGUUGAGGCUGUCCGCUGCUGCCGGAUUUGCCAUGAUGAUUUACUAACUUUCACCAAUGUGUUUGUCUGGUGCCCCAAAUGGAUCCCACCACAGAUGCACUGUGUACAUAAACACACAUGUACCGGCGCCCAGCACAAUACAAUACAACCUAACACAACGAACACGUAUGCAAGGCAUACAGACAGAACGGCACGAGGCACUACCUACGAGAGAGUAGGCUCAGGGAGAGAACACACCACGACAGAAACUAUACAUAGACAAGGAUGCCACAGCCACAGUGCUAUUCUUGAUGGCAUCCAUUAUGCACAGCAAAAGCAACAGUGCUCAUGGAUCUUCUGCCUUUGCUGCGCACGAGUGUGGAAGAAGUCGGCCGUGGCGGCGACCCCAAUAUAGUAUUUGUUGGCGAUUAGCUUGCAGGCGCGCAGCAAGAAGCGGGACGUCGCGGAUGUUUGACACUCACGGAUGAGAGCAUCACGGAAGUCGUUGUUGCAGUCAUCGGCAUUCGACCCUGACCAGAGAGAAGCAGAGGAGGCCACGAUGAGGAGAACAGACACACAUUGUUCUUUCCCCUGCAACGUCUCUCCCUUCCCCUCCUACCUAGCGUAUAGUAGCAGCGGUCGUGCUCAUUGCACACCUCUGUGAAGUCGACGCUCCCAUACUUGUUCGGCACGCCGCUGCACCCGUCCGGCGCCUGCCACAGACCAGCGAGACGAGCACUGUGUCGUCGCGUUCGUUGUGCGGUCAUUUCACCUUUACCUGUGCGUAGGGAGAGCUGCAAGGCGCCAACAGAUCGUCACACGCAUCCAGGCGCCUGAUGGUCGUAUCCUUCCCUGUAGGUGACGCCACCGACAGUCCAGCGAGCAGGAGAAGAAUCACAGCGGUGUGGCUUCCUGUCGACAUCUCGAACUCGUGGUGACGCAGAGAAAACCUAUGGGGAUCUUUAUCGGUAAGCGACGGAGGAUCUGGGAGGAAAACUGGACUGGGGAGGAGGGGAG